AUCACUGUAACAGUUUCAAUUGAUUCUCUCACACACUCUUAUCUCUCUAUAGGGCCAUGGAAUCUCGCUAUUUCAAUCUAAAGAUGGGAAUUGGGUCAUUGAGAAAUGUGAUACUAGUGAUGAUGGUUUUGUCAAUUUGCAUGAAAGGGGCUUUUGGGAUCAGAUUUGUGAUUGAUAGAGAAGAAUGUUUGUCUCAUGAUGUUCAAUAUGAAGGUGAUACUGUUCAUCUUUCCUUUGUGGUUAUUAAAGCUGAUGGGUCUUGGCAUUAUGGUGAUGAAGGCGUUGAUCUUCUGGUGAUUUGCGAUUUCUUUAUUUUAAUUUUUUCUGUGUUUUUAUACCAUGUGAUUAAGCACCAUGCAACUAGUAGUAAUUAG